AUCGUAUUCCUCCUCAUCCCCAGCAACGAUGUCGUCCCCAACACCCCCAGUAGAUACCCAGACACCACCAUCUCCAAAGAAAAAACAGCCUUAUCCAUUCUGGCUCGGUGGUCUAGCUGCCACAAUCGCAGCAAGCAUUACUCACCCACUUGAUCUCACAAAGGUUCGCUUGCAAGCAUCUGGCGACAAGCGCAUGAUUGCUUCCAUUCGCAAAACCGUCGCCACUGCAGGUAUGCGAGGCUUAUACGAUGGAAUAUCAGGUACCUGGAUGAGACAAAUGAGCUACUCGCUUUGUCGCUUCUGGGCCUAUGACGAGAGUAAGAAGAUAUUGGGUGCUGGACCAAACUCACCACCAUAUUUGUUGGCUGGUGCCGGUAUGAUGGCUGGUGCGAUCGCAGGUAUCGUUGGCAAUCCAGGAGAGGUCGUCAUGGUCCGCCUUCAAGGUGACUUUGCGAAACCACCAGAAAAGCGCUUCAAUUAUAAGCACUGUUUCGACGCGUUGUUCAGGAUGGUACGUGAAGAAGGCGCCUCGUCUCUCGUUCGCGGUGUGGGGCCGAAUGUGUUUAGGUCCAUUCUAAUGAACUCGAGUCAGCUGGCUUCAUAUGAUUUCUUUAAAGCAGAAUUGCUCAAAACGAAAUAUUUCAACGAUAACAUUGCUUGCCAUUUCACUGCGAGCUUUGCUGCAGGCACGGUGGCGACCACAGUCUGUUCGCCCGCCGACGUACUCAAGAGCCGUAUCAUGAAUGCAUCCGGACCAGGAUCAAGCUCCACACUAGGUGUAAUCAAAUCAUCCCUGGCGAACGAAGGCGCCAUGUUCAUGUUCAAAGGCUGGCUUCCAGCUUGGACGAGGCUCCAGCCAACUACGAUUUUGAUCUUCCUCACUCUCGAACAACUGAAGAGAGCGGUAGACUACACAAGGGGUGACUUGUGAGGCCUGUGAGGGUGAGUUGGAGGUGGAUGUAAGAUAGGAGGGAGAGAGACGUGGAUUCCCAACAAUUGCUCGGAUGAUACCACAUACGAUCUAGAACGAUGAUGGGACUUCGUCUAAAUGUCUGAGGUGGGAGAUGGGAGUGUAUUUACUUCUUCUCUUAGUUGUUUUAGUAGCAAGCGGCCAUUUUAUGUGCGCUGUAUGAUCUAGCUAGCCGCUGUUGUUGUUUUAGUGUAUCAUUUUAUCUUGUAUCCGAAUCUGUUGCAUAUCA